AUCUCCCCCUCCACCAUCACAAACCAGAGGCACAGACCCGCACCAGGCGCAUUCGCAUACCACCGCAGACAAACCCCAAGAAAUCACUAACCGCGCCUCCCGCCGCCAAAAUGCUGGCCGCCGCCGCCUCCGUGAAGUUCUCCCCGGCGUCCGCCGGUGCCAGUACCACCACCAUGUUGGCCUUCAAGCCUGUCCACCUCCCUGCCCUCCCCAACGCCGUCCCGCGUCCCCUCUCCCUCUCGGCGCGGCCUCUGUACCGCCAGGAGCCGUUCCUGGCGGCGGCCCGCAACGACCGUGCCGCGUCAACGGCGCCCCCUGCAGCCACCGCGGAUGGCGCACGGCCGGUGGAGACGGCGGCCGCGCCGGAGGCCAUGAAGAGCGCCAAGAUCGGGGUCUACUUCGCCACGUGGUGGGCGCUGAACGUGAUCUUCAACAUAUACAAUAAGAAGGUGCUGAAUGCGUUCCCGUACCCGUGGCUCACGUCGACCUUGUCCCUGGCAGCCGGCUCCGCCAUCAUGCUCGUGUCCUGGGCCACCAGGAUCGCCGAGGCGCCCCAGACGGACCUCGAUUUCUGGAAGGCUCUCUCUCCGGUGGCGAUUGCGCACACGAUCGGGCACGUGGCGGCGACGGUGAGCAUGGCGAAGGUGGCCGUGUCGUUCACGCACAUCAUCAAGAGCGCGGAGCCGGCGUUCAGCGUUUUCGUCUCAAGGUUCUUCCUCGGCGAGCACUUCCCGUUGCCGGUCUACUUCUCCCUCCUCCCGAUCAUAGGUGGAUGCGCUCUCGCGGCCGUCACCGAGCUCAAUUUCAACAUGAUUGGAUUCAUGGGGGCGAUGAUCUCCAACCUGGCGUUCGUGUUCCGGAACAUAUUCUCCAAGAAGGGGAUGAAGGGCAAGUCGGUGAGCGGGAUGAACUACUAUGCCUGCCUCUCCAUGCUGUCCCUGGUGAUCCUCCUCCCUUUCGCCUUCGCCAUGGAGGGCCCCAAGGUGUGGGCUGCAGGCUGGCAGAAUGCAGUCGCCGAGAUCGGUCCCAACUUCGUCUGGUGGGUGGCGGCGCAGAGCGUGUUCUACCACCUGUACAACCAGGUGUCGUACAUGUCGCUGGACGAGAUCUCGCCGCUGACAUUCAGCGUGGGCAACACCAUGAAGCGCAUCUCGGUCAUCGUCGCGUCCAUCAUCAUCUUCCGCACGCCGGUGCAGCCCGUCAACGCCCUCGGGGCGGCUAUCGCCAUCCUCGGAACCUUCAUCUACUCCCAGGCAAAGCAGUAAGGCCCCGUUUGAUAGCUCUGCAUUUUCUAAGUAUUUUGUGAAUACUACAGUUUUUCUAAAUACUAUGGUUUUAAUUACUUUAAGCUGUUUGGUCUCCACAAAAAACUGUAGUAUUAAUACUACAGUAUUCCUCAAAAUGCAGUAUUUUCUCUGUCUAAUAAAAAGAACCCAGGACCUCUUUUUUUAAAACAGAGCAGGCGAAAAAACGAACACGUUUCUUCGUCCUCGUUCAUUCUCAUGCCACCGCCGCUCGCUCGUUGCUGGAGAUCGUCUCUCCCUCAGGUUGCCGUGGAUAGAUAAAGAGACGACCAUGGAAAAACGGCUAGUACGCUUAAUCAUCUGUUCCCUUCUCAAGGAGGCCCGUGGCAUGAAGCUGGCAGGCCUUGCUUUCUGAGGAAGAAACCUCCUGCUGCCUCAUGAAGAUUGCAUCACCGCGCCUCCUACUUCUCUUCGUGUGUCUGCUACGGUGCCGGCCAGCUGACGGCACUGCACGGUUUUUCUCAUCUUUGUAAGCUGCAGGACGAGCUUUGGGCAUGGUUGUUGACAGUUUGGCUGUGGACUUUGUGCA